AUGCUAAUAUCUCCAUCGGCAUUAAUCAUUUUUAAAUCAGAUACAAAUUUUUUCGGCGAUAUUAAGGUUAGAAUAUCGUCAUUUUACCGAAAUUUCAUCGGCUUGUCUCAAAGUUCACCAGAUACACCAUUACAAGAAAAUGAUAAUUUUCCAUCAGAUUCACUUUCAGACUCAACUUUCUUUUAUAGACGCCUUGGUAGAGGGCAUUCACACUCUCUUUCCAUCGAUUCAACAAUGUCUAUAGAUCAACAUCCUGUGGUAUAUUCAUUUUCACAUGGUUUACUUUCCACCACUUACGAAGCAAAUGAAGAUUCAACUCCAGAGUUAACUCCAAAUUUGGUGACUUCAAUAGACACUUUCACCCAGAGAUCUCCAUCACCAAAAACUCCGUUUUUCACAGAACAUUCAUUGUCAUCAACUUUUGCUAAUACGUUACCAAUGAGUUCAUCAGGAAAAUCAGAAUUGUUGGUGGAAAAUCCUCCUCGUAAACUUUUGUUACAAUCACCCAUGCAACAGAUUAUGAAUAGUAGCAGUGUGCAAGAUCGUUAUUUAUUUCUUUUCAAUGAUUUAUUAAUCAUUGCUAAACCUAUUAAUACUUAUUCACAAAAAAGCAAUAUAUCAACUACAGAGAAACUAUAUCAAGUCAAACAUAUCGUUGAAAUGAAUCAAAUUAUUCAAAUUGCUCUUACUAUGCAAGAAGAUCGUGAUGCAGCUUUGAUUAAUAAAACACCGAAAAGAGAACCUACUGUUAUGGCAACAUUUUCUCAAAAAUUUUCCACAGAUCCUUAUGGUUCAAUAGCUGACAUGUUAGAAAGACGACAUAUAAAAAAUGAUCCAGUUCAUAUUGCAGCAUUUCUUUUUAAAAAGGCCGAAUUAAGCAAACAUCAAUUAGGCUUAUACCUUUCUAAUCGAAGAAAUAAAGAAAUUAUGAUCGCGUUUUUAGACAAAUUUCGAUUUGAGGGUCUCUAUAUAGAUGAGGCUUUACGUUUAUUUUUGAUGGGUAUAUGCCUACCACCUGAAAAAGAGUCCUUCAAUUACUUAUUAAAGUCAUUUGCAAAUCGUUGGUAUAAUGCAAAUGUCAACGUUGUCAAGUUCAAUGAAGAAAUGUCAAUAAAGUUGACGUUUGCUAUGUUAGAUCUCAAUCAUGAAUUACAUGAAAAAUAUAAUGUCACGGAUAAUCAAAAAAUUAAGAAUGUCAAUAGGACUAAUAUCAUCACGCUUCAAGACUUUGUGAAUCGAUUUCGUCGAGAAAGUGAUCAAUUUUGCUUAGUUCCUGAUGAAUUAUUAGAGAAAGUAUAUUAUUCAAUUUACGAGGAUAAAUUAGUGUUUGCAUGGGAUGACACACUCAAAGAUAUCUCACCACAGAUACCAAUAAAACUUCAUCCAGCGAGAUGGCCAACUCGACUUACCCUUCUUACCCCUUCAGAUCCUAUCACCAUCACAAUUCCCCAUCCUGACCCUCACUUUUCUAUAAGACUUCAUGGGCAAGAUUUAAUAUUUGAUCCGCCUUUGCUUGAUUUCACACAUACGAAUUCAUGUACUUUUAGUAUAACAGGAAAGACAUUAGGACUACAUUCCAUGGUACUUAUUAAGUCAGGGGCACGUUGUCGUAAUUAUAUAAAUUUACCAUCCACCAAAACAGUGUUGGUUGAACGGGCAUUUAUGAAAUGGACAUUUCAGAUUUCAUUUAUUAACGACAAUGAAAUGUCAAGAAAGUAUCAUUUUAGUGUUGAUUCACAAGAACGUAGACGCAUUUGGGUUGAGAGCAUAAAAACAAACGUUUUAGAAGAAAAAUUACGAUCCAAUAGUCUUACAUCUCAAGUGGACCCAACAAAAGCAGCUGAAGCAGUAGCUUUACGAAUGUUGAAAGACGCAUUGAUUCCUAGUGAAGAUGCUAUUAGGGAAUUUACAGAUACCACUAAAGAUAGAUCAAGUUCAGCCACUAAUGCACUUGAAAAUAUUUCUAGUGGGAGUCCAACGAUAAGAAAUAGUAUAAGUACUAGUAUGUGGAAUAAUUUGAAUAUUGUGAAUACAAGUCCGCCAGUUAAUCCAUUCGCAUCAUAUGCAAAAACUAAAGAUGAAAUUAUUCAUAUGACUACCCAAAACAGUCUCUUACCAUUUCUUCUUGGAUUUUUUACUAAAUAUUUAGAAACUGAUACAAAAAAUUCAAAUACAUCUAACGUAAAUACUAACAAUAUAAAUAUCGAUAGAGAGGAUUUUUUAUAA